UGGUGGGAGAAUAUGGUCAACCGCGCGUUCGAGCCGGCUUCGCGUUCCUCAGUCGUGCGCUAUUGAUGCUAGAUCGCGAAACGAUAUAAGUACGCUAGCUAGUUCGCAGGACAAGUGCUCGUCGUCGACCACGAUGCUCGUUAACGUCGGAACGAAACGGUGCAACACCAUGGGUUUCUUCUUGGCCGUGGAACUUCUCGCGAUCUUAGGCCUCGCAACCGCCGAGCAGAUCGACGUAACGAUACCUUGCGAGACGUCGGAAGAUUGCGUCAAGUUUUCGGUCCUACUGAAAGACCCGUUCUGCAGGAACGGGCACUGUGAGUGCAAGUACGGAACGGAGUAUCGGAACUGUUCCAACGCGGGAAUUUUACGCCCGAACAGCAGAAACGCAGGUUCGCCCAUUUUCCACAGCUGCAAGCUCGAUAAAGAGUGCACGUUCAACAACUCCAUGUGCAACACGUCGAUAAGCCAGUGCGACUGUCAGAAAGAUUACGUUAUGUCCACCACUCGGAAGACGUGUCUUAAGAGGGUGAACGCGAUCGAGUCCCCGUGCGUCGAGGACAGGCAAUGUACGGAUUUUCUGGCGAACACCACGUGCCAGAAUGGUCGCUGCGAUUGCAUCCCGGGAUAUCAUUACGCGGGGAACGCUUGCUACGAGACUAUCGCCCUUGGAGAACGAUGCUCGCGGCCCGAGGAAUGCAGCAAGGUCCAGGGCGCGGUGUGCAUCGAGGAGAAGAUGAUCUGCGAUUGUUUCGAGGAGACGGUGAUCGACUCGACUGGGAAAAGAUGUCUACCGGUCGCCCGAGAAUUUCUGAACAAGUGCGUCGAGGACAAACAAUGUUCGCAGAGCUUCGGAGACGCGGCCGCGUGUAUCGACGGGACGUGUAGGUGUCUGGAUCGGCACCAUUUCGAGCUCGAAAUGAAUCGAUGCUACCUCGACACAGGUCUGGACGAACAAUGCGGGAACGCGUACGAUUGUUACCAGGCCGACGACGAAAACAGGACGCGAAAGGCCGUGACAUGCACGGCGAAUGUGUGCGUUUGCGCGGAAGAUUUUCAUCGAGAGGAUGACGCGUGCGUCGUUAACGAAGGUACGCGUUUCCUGGGAUCCCUUCUAACCCUUUUACUCGCGACGUUCCUAUUCGUCGGUCCCUUCGAGGAAAUCUAGGCCUCGAGACGAUCCAUUUCGACGACUAUCCCCGCGCGUUGUCUCUCGCGGCGAGCACGCGAUUCAGCGCGGAAAGGAAAGCGAGUGUUGCGAGGACGGCGUCGGAUGUCGUCGAGAUCGUACUUACAGGGUUAUACUACUUACGCGUCGAGCGCGACGAGAGAACGCGCCGUUGUGGCGGGUGCAACGAAGCGUUCGAGGACUUCCUCUGCCGCGGACGCGAUCGAGGCGCUGCGCUGGUUGCGCGCUUAUCGCGCGACUGCUUUUCUCCCACGUAGUUCUCUCUUCUAUCCUCAAAGAAACGUGUACGUACACAGAGACCAAAGAAACGAGUAACUCGCUCGCCGAGGCAAAAACUCAACGCGAUCGUCUUAUCUUUUCGCGAACGAACGAACGAACGCGGCAGAGAUAUCGUCUGGAUCAAGAGCACGUUUGAACGUUGAUCGACGACUGGCUCACUUAUUUACAGUUUACACCACGGAAUGCCAAUUAUCACAACGCUUCCACCGAAUAGGCCGUGAACGAUAUUUUAUUUUUUGCGAUCAAAGUUGCAUUUUGAUUGUUAAUCGAUCUGAAAGCGUGGAAAGAACAUCGUGAUUUUUCUUUUUAGAAUCGCGUGGCAUUCAUACGCGAAGAAAAAACAACAAUAGAAUAUCUUCUUUCUUAGUUUAAGAGCGUUCCUAACAAAGUUUCUACUGUUAUUCGCUUUUGUACCACUUGUUUUUAAUAUUGGUAAAUAAAAAA